GAUCCGCCGUACACACACACACACGACCUAGCGAUAGCAUCAACAGCCGCUGCAUCACGGAGGGUUAGACGUCAGACUUUUGCUACAGAAAAACGAAUAAUAUCCACACAGGUGCAGGUGUCUCCGGAUAAGGAGGGAUCUGCAAUGUUGAACCCGACAAAUGGCGACCCAGGCAACGUCGUUGUGAAUUAUGUGGAGGAGUAUUUGGACCUGGUGGAGUCUCUGCCCUUUGAUCUGCAGAGGAGUGUGUCCCUCAUGAAGGAAAUUGAUGCCAGGUAUCAAGAUGUUCUGAAGGAGCUCGAUGACGCUUAUGAGCGGUAUCGCCGGGAGUCUGACUCCCUGCAGAGGCGGAAGCUUCAGUUAUCCAUUCAGAGGGCACUGAUUCGCAGUCAGGAGCUCGGAGAUGAGAAGAUACAGAUUGCCGGUCAAAUGGUGGAGCUGGUCGAGAACCGAACGCGACAAAUAGACUGGCACUCUGAACUCCUCCUUUCCUCUCAAGAAGUCCCAGAAAGUCCGGUCCCCGUACCGGCCUCCGUGACAACCACUGCAGCGUCCACGGUGUCGUCCUCGUCGUCAUCCUCAGCCACCGUAACUCCAGGGAAAACUAGCCAUCACGACAAGAAGCGUGAUGAGUUAACUCCAAGCUCUGCAGGUGUAGACAAGGCUGGAGGGAAGCGCUCGCGGCGUCAGAAAAAUGGAGACAAUCGGGAAAGUUACGGGGCUCUGGAUCAACCCGAGGAUGUGGGAGUGGGUGCAUCCCGGGAAAAGAGGGCCAAAACAUCUUCAAAGAAGAAGAAGAGGUCCAAAGGAAAGUCUGAGAGAGAAGUGUCCCCCCCAGACCUGCCCAUCGACCCAGAUGAGCCCACGUACUGCCUCUGUGAGCAGGUGUCAUACGGAGAGAUGAUUGGCUGUGAUAACGAUGAAUGUCCCAUCGAAUGGUUCCAUUUCUCCUGUGUGGGGCUCCAUCACAAGCCAAAGGGCAAGUGGUACUGCCCCAAGUGUCGGGGGGAGAACGAGAAGACCAUGGACAAGGCCUUAGAGAGGGCCAAGAAGGAGCGGGCCUACAACAGGUAGCUCGCUCCAUCCACCUCAUGAACACUUUUGCAUACAAAUUACAUUUUUAUGUAGUGUCUUUGUUUUCCAUAUUGUCAACAGUGUUAAAAAAAAUAAGCAAUGUAAAGAGGGAUGCUGUAAAUAGUUAUUUUUGUAACUGCUGCAUAGCUGUGAGAAAAAAAUAUUUGUCCUUCCUGGUUGGGAAAGAAUAGACACAGUACAACCUGGAUUAACGUUACAUCCCCUUUGUUUUCAUCAUGCAUGCAACUUAACCCAGUCCGUUAUGCUCAGUUAACAAAUAAAACAUUUCUUAAUAAAGGAGAAUUUCAGGAUGUU